AUGAUGCGGUCAGGAUUGCUGUUGUUCUUCAUUGGACUGGCAGCUUGCAGUCCUCCUGUGACGAAGAGUAAGGCGAAGAUUGAAGAAUUCAGACAGUAUUUAGAGAAGAGUCGAACCGACGAUGGAGUUCUGCUGGAGUCCCGUAUGCUAGCUGGCUCCAAUGGACUUGUAUGGGAAAACAGUGGCAAGUACCAGGGCGACAUACUCCUUGAUGACUCGCAGCUCGAAGACUUGGUGGCUGACUUCGCUGGGGUCAGUAACGACAACAACAGGAAUGCUUUCGUCGUAGCUAACACAAGAUGGCCGAACAACGUCAUGAUUUUCAAUUACGCAUCCAAUGAAUUCAAUAAUGCUCAACAAAACGCUAUUCGGACUGCAAUGAGUUGGAUCGAGCAUUUCUCCUGCGUUAGGUUCCGCUGGCGCUCCAAUGAGAGAGUCUUUGUUCGUAUGACGGGCAAUCCAACCGGCUGCUACGCUCAUGUCGGCUUCUCGACCGCCCAUCCCAACCGAGUCCUGAACUUGGCCAGAAACAAUCACUGUUUCUCACACGGCGUAAUUAUCCAUGAGUUGCUCCACAGCCUUGGAUUCCAACACAUGCAUCAAACAUACGAGAGGGAUUCGUUCGUUCGCAUCAACUGGAAUAACAUUAUAUCUGGUCAGGAAUUUGCCUUUACAAGGUUCCCACGUAAUCAAGUGAAUCUCCACGGGCUGCCCUACGAGUACACGAGCAUCAUGCACUACCACAACCAAGCUUUCAGCCGCAACCGGCAACCUACUAUAGUACCACUCAGGAGUUUCAGUGGGACCAUGGGUCAGAUGGAACAAACCAGUUACUGGGACUGGUUAAGGCUACGCAGACACUACAACUGCCCCGGCGCUUGGAACCGCAACUCCGAGGAGAUCAUGAAAAAAGAGGUUGAGCGAACACUGCCCCUGAUAAAAUUGAAUUUGCCGGCCCCAAAACAGGGACUUUUUACAGACGAGGAUAACGCGUACGUUCGAGCUCUUAACGCAGACACAAAUAACGAGGAUAUAGAUAACGAAGAAGCUAUGGAUUACGAAGAUUCAGAUAACGAAAAUAACAAUUUUAACGAAGAUAUUGGUAACGAUAAUUAUGAAAAUUAA